AUGGUUGUUCCGUACCUUCGAAGACCAAGUCAUCGCAAUAAUAACCAACCUAUUGCGAUCCAAACCAAAUCACAAUACCAUCUGGAACCCGAUCAUGCAACGACCUACAAACAUGUCGGAAGACGCACCAAGGGAGGAGGUGGAGGCGGAUACCUCUACAGUUCUUCUGCAAGCAGCAACUCAAAUAGUAGUGGAGGCUUAAGCGAAGAGACCGAAGCUAUAAUUGCAUGGAGCUUCCUUGGUAUCUUUGGAUUUGUCAUCCUUUGCAUGAUUUGCGUUUCCAUAUAUGGAUGCUGUGUCGGUUUUUACAGAGGUUAUACGGAAGACACCCACCGUCCACAACAGCGCCAAGGCAACGACCGCUCAUCUCAGCAGCAAGAACGCGAUGCCAACGACAUACAAGAUCGCGAGGUCCAGCAAUACUUCUCAAGUUAUCGAUCUGAAGAUGCCACUGUGGACGCCAUCCUAGCGAAAAUUGAUCGAAAGAGACUAAUUUCUUCCAAGCUUCAAUACCAAUAUGUCCUGCCUGACAACAAGAGAAAUAAAACGGACGACGAGGAUAUCACAGAGGUCAGUAAUGAUGACGAUGGCGGCAGCGUCAUUGCCUUCAACGAAACCAAGAAACCGUCCGCAAAGUCAUCAUCGACAUCGUCAUUCUUCCUACCAGUACGAAACUUGUUUUCGGCCCGAUCCUCCCGUAUUAAUAAUAAGAAGCGUGUGUGCUCCAUUUGCCUGGACGGAUUUCAUCCUGGACACUGUCUUUGUAUCUCUGCAAAUGCUUCGUGCAACCAUGUCUUUCACGAGCAAUGCAUGGAGUCUUGGCUCAUGGACCAUGACCAUUGCCCGAAUUGCCGAUGCAAUAUAAUGAAGUAA